GAUCGCGGCGCGAGAAGGACCAGUCGUCCUCUCCCCGCAUUGCGUGUUAUUGUGUGGUACAGGCGGUCCCCGAGAUACACGGUUAAUGGGGACCGAAAACGGCCGCAAAAUACCGCGUAUCUCGAAUUUCCGCUGGCGACGAGGAUGGGAUCCUCCUCGCGUAGGGGGGGAUCCUACAAAGGACCGACGCAGCACGGAGGUCACCAUCGCGGUUCCACCAUCGCGCAACCGCCAUCGCGCAGGAUGGGCACGCUCGGGCUUGCGCGAAGCCCCAAAGAGGAUCCUCACUCCGCUGCAGCACUAUACCGGACAAAGUGAGGGGACAUUCCGCUUUGGACCGUCGUCACACGGCAUCACCGCCGCUCGCUGCAGCGUCAUCGGACACACACUGGUGCAGCAUCGGCGUCGCGGCACCACAGCCGCCCUUCUGCACCAGCAUCAUCGCGGAGCCCGAUAAGGCACAGUGCUGAGGCAUUUCGGCUGCCCCCUGUGGACCUUCAUCGCCGGCGCUCCAGCUGCACAGGUGCGUCUCGACGGCGACACCACUGUCGCCCCUGUGCAGCACCAUCACAUGUGUCCCGAGUGCACAGUCGUCGUGCGCGGCAUCACGGUCGCCGGCUGUGCACUCGCAUCGUCAUCAUCAUCACCAUCAUCCUGCGCGCCCUGCACAGCAGCUCACCAGCAGCGACAUCACGGUCGCCCCUGUGCAGUGGUACCGGCUGAACGGUCCAAGCGCGCGCGGCACCACGGCCGCCCCCUGCUCAACCGCACAUUGACGCCCCAACGGCAGCAGCAUUCGUAGAGCUGCCUCAGCAGCAUCAUCGGCGUCCGGUGCAACGGCCUACGACAACAGCAUCAUGCUGCAGUUGCACUAACAACAACAGCACCAACAACAACAACAACACCACAGAGGCUGCAACGGAACGAGCGAGCGCAGCACAUCGGCUGCCCCCUGUUGCAGCCCCCAUCGCUCCUCCCGUUCGAGCGUUAGGCACGGAGGCCGGUCAACACUCUCCUCCCUCUCGUACACAGCGCCACUUGAGCGGCACGCUUGCCACGCCGGUUUUAUUUACAUUAAAACCGCUGCGUCGGCUUAAGCCGUACCGGCCUAAUUAAAACGGGGAGAUGUUGUGGACAGACCGUUGCCUCAUCCUAAAGGCUCACUGUUGACAGCACGGCUGUCAUCCUGUGACGUCCUCAGUGAGGAUCGCGGAGCGAGAAGGACCAGUCGUCCUCUCCCCGCAUUGCGUGUUAUUGUGUGGUAUUAUUUAUUAUUGUAAACGGUUGAACAUAUACCAAAGAUAGUGAUAAAAUAUAUAUAUUCUGUUUGUGCCGUACACACCGUCUCAUGUUUCAUUUGUGCG